UUCCCACCCCAUCCCGCAAUGAAAUAUAUUUUGUUUCAAUACCCGGUGCAGUAGAUGGCGGCAAUAGACCUACACCAAUAGGUGUAUUCUGCCAAACAACCUUAAAAAGAAGAAGAAGAAUAUGACAGCGCAGCGGUUGUUAUGGAGAAGCAUUUCCCCGGAGGGCUGGAGAAACAUUGGGGAGCUGGCGUUGGGGACAGAAAGCAGCUGAUCGGUUUCAGACGGCCUGAGAACACGAGCUCGCGCUUCUGUCAGACUGAAUGAACUCCAUAGGUGUCAGGGGAGGGAGGUAGAAUGUUAUGUAUUCUCAGCAGCACAAUGGAUCCUUGACACGCCUUGAUGCCGGACUCUUCCUGGUUUCUGAAGCACCACCUGCACUGGCCUAUUACAGGACUAGAAGACUGACAAGUGAUCCAAUCCCAUGCAGCCCCCACCUCUGACCAACCUCUGCCCUUCCAUUCUCUCAUACUAUUGCACUCUGAAUUAAGGUUCUGUGCAGUAUUAGUUCAAAUGUCUUUAUUUUAAAAAUGUUUUUACCUCGUUGAUAUUUUUAUUUGUAUUUUUUAUAUACCGGGACCUCACGAUACAAUACUUAGGUGCCGAUAUGUAUUGUGUUUCUCAUGAUUCUAUAGUUAUUGUGAUUUGAUACUGUGAUUUUAUUUGCAUUUGAUGUUCCAAACAUAUUGCUCACCACAUGUCGGCUGCAGAGAGUCUAGAGAAAGCAUGAUAAAAUGAGUUUUGAUCAUUCAUGGAAAUAAGUGCUGAGAACAUGUUGGCUCAUUAUUUAAGAAGAAGAUGGAGAACAAGUGGUAGGAUGGCGAGUACCAGUUAACGCUUCCUAGCAAGAAAAUACAUUACAAAUCAAAAGUGGCGAUUUAUAAUGGAACUAUAUAGAUUUAUAAUAAUUUUUUUAGCGGCGAUAUGGAUUUAAGGACUGAAAUAUGGUUCAAAGUUAUUUUUCUUCACUUUCUACUGCUAAAAUCCAGAACCAGAUCAGACCAGUGAAACAGGACAACAGAGGGGGGAGGGGGUGGGCAUUGGCGUGGCAUGGCGGAGCACGGUGAGCUGCUCUGUGAGAUGGCCACGAUUGGGCGUCUGAGCGCCACGGAGCGCUUGAAGCAUGCCCAGAAGCGGCGUGCCCAGCAGCUAAAAGGCUGGGCCCAGAUGGACAAGGACAUGGCCCGCGGCGCGGGCAAGGCCGGACAGAAAAGCAACAAGAAGGGGCGCACGCGCAGGGUGGUUUUCCCCAACAACAUCACUCUGCUGGAGGCUGCAGCCCGCAAUGACCUGGAGGAGGUGAGGGAGCUGCUGAACGGUGGAGUCAGUCCAGAUCUGUACAACGAGGACGGACUCACUGCCCUUCACCAGUGCUGCAUUGAUGACUUUGUGGAGCUGGUACAGUGUCUUUUGGAUGCCGGGGCCAGUGUGAACGCCUGUGACAGUGAGCUGUGGACGCCACUUCACGCUGCUGCCACCUGUGGACACACAGACCUGGUGCAGCUCCUCGUGCAGUCUGGAGCAGAGAUGCUGGCUGUCAACGCUGAUGGCAACAUGCCCUAUGACCUUUGCGAGGACGAGGCCACUCUGGAGCUGCUUGAGAUGGUCAUGGCAGAGCAGGGUAUAACCCAGGACCGUAUAAACCGGUGUCGUGGGGCUAAGGAGAUGAAUAUGCUCACAGAUCUUCGAGUGCUGGUUCAGAAUGGAGCGGACCUGAACGCUCAGGAUGACAACGGGGCCACGCUGCUGCACAUAGCGGCGGCUAACGGCUACUUGUUGGUGGGGGAGCUGCUACUGGAGCACCGGGCCAAGGUGGAGCAGAAGGACACGGACGGCUGGACACCACUCCACGCCGCCUCCUGCUGGGGACAGAUUCUGAUGGUGGAGCAGCUGGUGGCUCAUGGGGCCAGUCUCAACACCAAGUCUGUCCUGGAAGAGACGCCGUUGGAUGUGUGUGCUGACGAGGAGGUGAGAGUCAAGCUGAUGGAGCUGAAGCACAAACACGAUGCCAUCAUGAAGAGUCAUGACCGACACAAGGGCACCUUGCAGAGACGAGCCUCCAGCACUGGCAGCAGAGGUAAGGUGGUGCGGCGUGUGAGCGUCAAUGAGCGUUCCAGCCUGUACCGGCGGGAGCACCACAAGGAGGCCAUGGUGUGGCAGGAGAGAGGCCGGCAGGCCGAGCCGCAGGACGACGACGAGGACAGACAGACGGACAACGAGCUCCACCAUCACGUUGCCAUGGCUGCAGGUACCAUGUCGAGCCUGGAGAAUGAGGAGGGAGCGGAGAGGAAGUCUAGUCUGGGGAACGGUGGGACGCCCCUUGCCCUCUCGGCGUCUGUCCCAGGGGAGCAGUGGAGUAGAGGCCGAAGGGACCACAGUGCCUCCUACCAGCUGAGCCCUGCCUCAGGGUCUGGGGGGGAAAGGGACAACAUGACCCUGGAGAAAUCCCACCAGACUCUAGCGGACCUGAAACGCCAGCGGGCUGCGGCCAAGCUCAACAAGUACCCCGCCCCACCUCUACUCCCUCCCUCAGAGGAGGAGCCUCCCUCUCCCACCCCUCUGCAGGAGGUGACCCCCUCCCGAGCCGCCCAGGAGACCCCCAGCACAGAGGUGGCAUUUCCCAGCACUGUGUACUUCACUCCAGCCAGUGGGGACCCUCCCCUGCUCAAACUACGAGCCCCAGAGGAGGACACGUCCAACAACACCAAGGAGCCCUGCUGUGGAAUCAUGUAGAGACAUACAAACACUCCCAAGCCACAAUGUAGAGACACACAAACACUCCCAAGCACCCACUGCCUGACUGGAAAUGAGGGGAUGUGUAACACUCCUAUGUGGCAAACCGAUUUCAAGUCAAAACACUACGGUGACCACCAGAUAUACUUUUUAAGGAUUCAUUGCAGUUUGAUUCAUUCUAAGCAUAUUAUUUGGUUCCGUCAAUAUGCCGUUGAAUGUUUGGUCUUAACUCCAUUUUAGUAAAUGUAGUAGUACAUUUUAUCUUCUUGCACAGAUUUAUUUUAAACCCUCCUUCCUGAAAAAUGUCAAACAUUUAAUAUAUGAGCACUUAACGUAAUGUUCCUCAUUGCUCCUCUGAGGGUGUGGCCAGAGGGGUCUAUUUGGAUCUCAGGAGACCUUAUGUGGCCACCUGGUGGCUUUUUAGGCUGUGUGUAGAGACUUACAGAUACCAGUAUUACUCUUGCAAUAGCACUGAGUACUUUCCUCUUAAGUCCCUUUUUUCAUGUGUGUUUGGGGCAGUUCAAUAAGAGUUCUCACACAGGAUGUAGCAAGCACAUACUAUAUGAAUUGGUCAUCUGACUUCAGUGAGUAAGAUGUCCCUUUUCUGCUUUGAAUAAGCACAAGAGCAGAAUGAACCAAACCUGAUUAUUAUGCUUUUUUUCAAGCUGAUAUUUGGACCAAUGAAUGAUUUUUCCUACUUAUGAUUGACUGAACAUGAUUUGAGAUGUGCACUGUAACUUGAUGUGCACUAUUGAUUGAAGGGAAGCACGGAUUAUGAUCGAGAGUGAGGCGAUUUCCUAAAGUGAUUGAUACAAAAGGGUACGUGAUAGCAUUUAUUGAUCUGACAGUGCAUCCUGAAAGUAUUCAGACCCCUUGACUUUUUUCCAAAUUUUGUUUCAUUACAGCCUUAUUCUAGUUUUUUUUUUUCUCAAUCUACACACAAUACCCCAUAAUGACAAAGCAAAUUUAUUACAAAUAAAAAACAUAAUUAUCACUUUUACACAAGUAAUCAGACCCUUUACGCAGUUCUUUUUUUGAAGCACCUUUGGCAGGGAUUACAGCUUCGAGUCUUGGGUAAGACGCUACAAUGUCAUGCUUCAACAUAAGGAAGGUAUUGGCCAGGUGUUGAGCAGUGCCUGGUUUCCUCCAGAUGUGACGCUUGGCUUUCAGGCCAAAAGUUCAAUCUUGUUUUCUUUCUUUCCUUUAAGUGCCUUUUGGCAAACUCCAAGCGGGCUGUCAUGUGCCUUUUACUAAGGAUUGGCUUCCGUCUGGAUACUCUACCAUAAAGGCCAUAAUUGGCAGAGUGCUGCAGAGCUGGUUGUCCUUCUGGAAGGUUCUCCCAUCUCCAUAGAGGAACUCUGGAGCUCUGUCAGAGUGAUCAUCAUCAGGUUCUUGGUCACGUCUUUGACCAAGGCCCUUCUCCCCUUGAUUGCUCAGUUUGGCAGGGCGGCCAGCACUACGAAGAGUGUUGGUGGUUCCAAACUUCUUCCAUUUUAAGCGUGAUUGAGCCCACUGUGUUCUUGGGGACCUUCAACGCUGUGGAAAUGUUUUUGUACCCUUCCCAGAUUUGUGCCUUGACCCAAUCCUGUCUACUGACAAUGCAUUCGACCUCAUGGCUUGAUUUUUGCUCUGACAUGCACUGUCAACUGUGGGACCUUAGACAGCUGUGUGUGCUUUUCCAAGUCAUGUCCAAUUAAUUGAAUUUACCACAGGUAAACUCGAAAAACCUGUUUUCGCUUUGUCAUUAUGGGGUAUUGUGUGUAGAUUGACGAGGGAAAUGUUUACAUAAUAAGGCUGUAACAAAAUAUACAAAGUUAAGGGGUCUGAAUUCUUUCCGAAUUCACUAUUUGUUUUCCAGACACACCAGUCUGUCUGACAGGGUACAGAAUUGGGAUUGUUUUUGAGAAGUUUAUUUUUCUCAUUGGUUUAAAUUUGUAUCACAUUUAAGUGUAGACAAGUGCUUAUUGCCCUACCUUUCUCCUGAUCAGCAUUCAUCACUGUUAUUAAAAUGAUUUAAUGAACAAAAAAAUAAUCUGUUCAAGUGCACUAAGAAAAUUGUACAUUUUAAUAAGUCUAAGAUGCAAUUUGUUAACGAGUUGUUGUUUUUUGUUUUUUCCUAAAUGAUUGUAAGAGAUUCUUCUAUUUAAAUGAAGGUGUUUUUGUCAUGAUGUUCAAUGUUCCUCCUCAGGAUGACAACUUUCUCUAUUUGAACACUCUGAAUAGUGAUGUAUAUGUCGUGCUCAGUGGCUACAGUAGGUUGUCCUUAACCAUUCCUUCACAACAAACCUUUCCUUCCUAGAAACCAGGAUCUACCUUGUUUUCUAUACAUUUCUGUCAGGGGCGGCAGGGAAGCCUAGUGGUUAGAGCGUUGUACUAGUAACCGCAAGGUUGCAAGUUCAAACCCCCGAGCUGACAAGGUACAAAUCUGUCGUUCUGCCCCUGAACAGUCAGUUAACCCACUGUUCCUAGGCCGUCAUUGAAAAUAAGAAUUUGUUCUUAACUGACUUGCCUGGUUAAAUAAAGGUAAAAUAAAAUAAAAGGUGCUGUGAUGACCCCGUCAUUUAAUUUAGACUAUCUUGUUUAACCUCGUCAGUGUGAUGGUUUAUCAACAGUAAGUGCCUUCUGUAGCACAGGAGGUUUGAGGCACAGGCUCGUGGUAAUGGCUGGAGUGGAAUGGUAUCAAUGGUUUCUAUGUGUUUGAUGGUAUUCCAUUCGCUCUGUUCCAGCCAUUAUUAUGAGCCGUUCUCACCUCCGCAGCCUCCACUGUUCUGUAGGGUUGGCGAAGUGAAAAAUAUACCGAACAAAAAUAUAAAUGCAACAUGUAAAGUGUUGGUCCCAUGUUCAUAAAAGAUUCCAGAAAUAAAUGAUUCCAGAAAUGUUCCAUAUGCAAGAAAAAAGUGUAUUUCUCGCUAAAUGUUGUGCACAAAUUUGUUUACAUCGCUGUUAGUGAGCUUUUCUCCUAUGCCAAGAUAAUCCAUCCACCUGACAGGUGUGGCAUAUCAAGAAGCUGAUUAAACGGCAUGAUCAUGACACAGGUGCACCUUGUGCUGGGCACAUUUAAAGGAUGUCUCAAGUUUGUGGGAAUGUGCAAUUGGCAUGUUGACUGCAGAAAAUGACUACCAGAGCUGUUGCCAGAGAAUUUCAUGUUAAUUUCUCUACCAUAAGCCACCUCCAACGUUAUUUUAGAGAACUUGUUAGUACGUCCAACCGGCCAUUUUAAUUAUUUUUUUGUAUGAGACAUGGGCUUAAGAAUACUUGUGUAGACAUUGUCACUUAUUUGUAUACGUUGGGAGUCAGGUGGACAGUCAUGCUUGCUCUCUUAAAGCGGCAAUCCUUAACUGAAGUUUUAAGUGUUCUCACUGCCACCGUUUCAGUAACAAGCUGAGGGAUGAGGCUGGAGAAAUGCAACCACUCUCAAACCAUCGACUACGCUAUGGAUGCAAGGACCAUCCGUGAUAUCAAAAUGAUCGUUUUAACCACAUUUUUUGGGCUAUACAGUGGUUCUUUACAUUUACUUUGUUUACAAACAUUGGAGUAAAACAAGCUUAUAUUUUGGGUUCUGAUGGGGUAUGAUAGUUGAACUAAGCUCACGAGGAAUUUAUACAUUAUAUUCUUCAAGAAUCAAUGGGUACUUAUUCAUCAGUCCAAAAAAUGUAUGUAGUAACUAAGGAAUGCCUCCAAUAGAUAUACCGUUGAAGUUGGAAGUUUACAUACACCUUAGCCAAAUAGAUUUAAACUCAGUUUUUCACAAUUCCUUACAUUUAAUCCAAGUAAAACAAUUCUGUCUUAGUUAGCAUCACCACUUUAUUUUAAGAAUGUGAAAUGUCAGAAUAAUAGUGAUUUAUUUCAGCUUUUUUUAUCAUAUUCCCAGUGGGACAGAAGUUGACAUGCACUCAAUUAGUAUUUGGUAGCAUUGCCUUAAAAUUGUUUAACUUGGGUCAAACAUUUCGGGUACCUUCCACAAGCUUCUGACAAUAAGUUGGGUGAAUUUUGGCCCAUUACUCCUGAUAGAGCUGGUGUAACUGAGUCAGGUUUGUAGGCCUCCUUGCUCGCACAUGCUUUUUCAGUUCUGCCCACAAAUUUGUCCGGGCUUUGUGAUGGCCACUCUAAUACCUUGACUUUGUUGUCCUUAAGCCAUUUUGCCACAACUUUGGAAGUAUGCUUGGGUUCAUUGUCCAUUUGGAAGACUCAUUUGCGACCACACUUUAACUUCCUGUCUGAUGUCUUGAGAUGUUGCUUCAAUAUAACCACACAAUUUUCCCUCAUGAUGCCAUCUAUUUUGUGAAGUGCACCAGUCCCUCCUGCAGCAAAGCACCCCCAAAACAUGAUGCUGCCACCCCCGUGCUUCACGGUUGGGAUGAUGUUCUUCGGCUUGCAAGCCUCCGCCUUUUUCCUCCAAAAAUAACGAUGAUAAUUUUAGCCAAACAGUUCUAUUUUUGUUUCAUCAGACCAGAGGACAUUUCUACAAAAAGUAUGAUCUUUGUCCCCAUGUGCAGUUGCAAACCGUAGUCUGUCUUUUUAUGGCGGUUUUGGAGCAGUGGCUUCUUCCUUGCUGAGCGGCCUUUCAGGUUAUGUCGAUAUAGGAAUUGUUUUACUGUGGAUAUAGAUACUUUUGUACCUGUUUCCUCCAGCAUCUUCACAAGGUCCUUUGCUGUUGUUCUGGGAUUGAUUUGCAGUUCUGCACCAAAGUACGUUCAUCUCUAGGAGACAGAAUGAAUCUCCUUCCUGAGCGGUAUGACAGCUGCGUGGUCCAUGGUGUUUAUACUUGCGUACUAUUGUUUGAUGAACGUGGUACCUUCAGGCAUUUGGAAAUUGCUCCCAGGGAUGAAACAGACUUGUAGAGUCUGCAGUUUUUUUUUUCUGAGGUCUUUGCUGAUCUCUUUUAAUUUUGCCAUGACGUCAAGCAGAGGCACUGAGUUUGAAGAUAGGCCUUGAAAUACAUCCACAGGUACACCUCCAAUUGACUCAAAUGAUGUCAAUUAGAUUAUCAGAAUCUUCUAAAGCCAUGACAUUUUCUGGAAAUUUCCAAGCUGUUUAAAGGCACAGUCAACUUAGUGUAUGUAAACUUCUGACCCACUGGAAUUGUGAUACAUUGAAAUAUAAGUUAAAUAAUAUGUAAACAAUCCAUGUCCCAUUUUUGUGUGAUUUUGUUGUCAGCACAUUCAACUAUGUAAAGAAAAAAGUAUUUAAUAAGAAUAUUUCAUUUAUUCAGAUCUAGGAUGUGUUAUUUUAGUGUUCCCUUAAUUUUUUUGAUUAGUUGUUUUGUGUAUAUUGUCAUGUGUUCAAUGUGUUUUUACUACGUGCCCCCAGGGGAGAAUAAAGACUGCUCUACUACUGC